AUCCAAUCCGGUCCACAUCCACCCAUUUUUGAAACGGCCCGGUCCAGAAACUUUUCCUAGUCCAAAUGCUCUGUCUUAGAUGGGAGUCAACGGAAUACGUAUAAUAGAUGGUUUUUUCCACUAUUAUUCUCACGUUGAAGUACAGAGCUUAGAUUCUUACACAUAGAUAACCAGGGAUUUGUGAGCAAGAAAUCGGACGAAAACAGUUUUGAGUUGGAAAGAUAUGGAUGCCUACUGCUCCGAUUGCAAGAAGAGCACGGAGGUGGUGUUCGACCACUCUGCCGGAGAUACGGUCUGCUCCGAGUGCGGACUCGUUCUCGAGUCCCACUCCAUCGACGAGACAUCUGAGUGGCGUACCUUUGCCAACGAGGCCGGGGAUAACGAUCCUGUCCGUGUCGGUGGCCCGACCAAUAUACUCCUCAACGAUGGCGGCUUGUCGACGGUGAUUUCAAAACCUAACGGCGUAACUAGCGAUUUCUUAUCCUCCUCGUUAGGCAGGUGGCAGAAUCGAGGCUCCAAUCCCGACCGGUCGCUUAUCUUGGCGUUUAAAACAAUUGCAACGAUGUCUGAUAGGUUAGGCCUUGUUGCUACAAUAAAGGAUCGAGCUAAUGAGAUAUACAAAAAGGUUGAAGAUCAGAAGUCAAGCAGAGGACGAAACCAGGACGCCAUUUUAGCAGCUUGUCUGUACAUUGCCUGUCGUCAAGAAGAUAAACCACGAACUGUAAAAGAAAUCUGUUUGGUUGCCAAUGGAGCCACAAAGAAGGAAGUUGGGCGUGCAAAAGAGUACAUUGUGAAGCAACUGAAGCUUGAAAUGGGUCAAUCAGUGGAAAUGGGGACUAUACACGCUGGCGAUUUUAUGAGACGAUUUUGUUCCAAUCUUGGUAUGACAAAUCAAACUGUUAAAGCUGCCCAAGAAUCUGUACAGAAGUCUGAACAGUUUGAUAUAAGGAGAAGUCCGAUUUCUAUUGCUGCUGCUGUUAUUUACAUUGUGACUCAACUUUCUGACGAUAAGAAACCCCUUAAAGAUGUAUCACUAGCAACAGGAGUUGCAGAAGGGACAAUAAGGAACUCAUUCAAGGAUCUGUAUCCUCAUCUGUCCAAAAUAAUACCUACUUGGAUAUGGAAAAGAGAAGGAUUGUGUUUCGAUGUCUGUGAUUUUUCUUUCUUCCAUUUUCUUCUAAUCCAUAAAGCUAGAUAA